ACUGACUCACCCCCUCUUCUCCCAUCCGCUCCCGGGAGGCAUCCCCCGAGCCGCGGGCGUGAAAGGAGAAGAAGAGAAAAAAGCGGCUACCAUGAAUCGUUUGGGGAAGAAAGGCAAUGAGACCCUUAUCGAGAUGGCUCUGUCUGCGGAUGAUGACAUUGCUGUUCUCACCAAGUUCAAGCCAUCAUGGUCAAAAGGGGAAGAACUCAAUGGACCUUUAUGUGAAACUAUUUCAGCAUCAGGAUCAGAAGCCCCAAGCAGCUCUGAGGGCCUAAACAGCACUGAGACUACUUUACUCAUCCCCGAACAUCAAGUGCGUGGAAGGAGAUAUAAUCUGUUCCUGAAGCGACGUCUCAGGAUUGAUAAAAGACAUCAGAGCAAAGAUUCUAUUUUCUUCAGGGAUGGUGUCAGGAGAAUUGAUUUUGUUCUCUCCUAUGUGGAUGAUCUUAAUAAGGAAUGGGAAAAAAAGUUGGAAAGAAGAAAAGAAUUUGAGAGCAAUCUGCAAAAGGCUGGUUUGGAACUAGAAACAGAAGAUAAGAAGGAGUCUGAGGAUGGCAAGAUUUUUUUUGUGAAGAUCCAUGCCCCAUGGGAGGUUCUGAUCACAUAUGCUGAAGUGCUGAAUAUUAAAGUUCCCAUCAAGGAAAAUGACAUUCCCUCCAUGGUGGAGAACCCCCUAGACUGUAUGCUGGCCCCACUCAGGCUUCCCGAGAAGGUGAUGCAUCCUGAACCAGAUUACUUCACAGCACCAUUCAGCAAGGACAAGCAGGAGCUGUACCUCAUUAAUGACGAGAGCACUUUCUUCUCACCAUCCAUGAGAAACAGAAUAGUUAAUUAUAUCCUUACACGUUGCCCAUAUGGAACAGAAGAAGGGAAGAAAAAGUUUGGGAUUAAGAGACUGCUAAAUAAUGGCACCUAUUCAGCUGCAUAUCCUCUUCAUGAUUGCCAAUACUGGAAGAAGGCAAAUGAUCCCAACUGUGACAACGAGAGAUACACGUUGUACAUGGAGUGGGCCCGAUUCUUGAGGUUCUACAAAGAACAGCCUUUGGACCUCAUCAGGAAGUACUAUGGUGAGAAGAUCGGAAUCUAUUUUGCCUGGCUAGGAUUUUACACCGAGAUGCUAUUCCUUGCAGCAGUUGUUGGCUUAUUCUGUUUUCUUUAUGGCUUGUUUACAAUGGAUGAAAAUAUGAGCAGCAAGGAAAUCUGUGACCCUGAAAUUGGAGGAGAGAUCAUCAUGUGCCCUCUUUGUGACCGAGAGUGUGACUACUGGAGACUAAACACCACCUGUGAGUCCUCACAGUAUUCCCAUCUGUUUGACAAUGUGGCAACUCUCUUUUUUGCCAUUUUCAUGGGCAUAUGGGUUACACUUUUCCUGGAGUUCUGGAAGAGACGGCAAGCUAGACUGAAAUAUGAGUGGGAUUUGGUUGAUUUUGAAGAGGAGCAGCAACAGCUCCAGCUGAGGCCUGAGUAUGAAGCUAAAUGUACCCAAAAGAAGAAGAACCCCGUAACUCAGGAGAUGGAGCCUUAUUUGCCUAUAACUAGCCAGGCUGUGCGGUUCUGCAUCUCAGGAACUACAGUGUUGUUCUGGGUGUCCCUGAUCAUAGCCAGCAUGAUAGCUGUGAUCGUGUAUCGCCUGGCAGUCUAUGCCGCCUUCGCCAGCCUGAUGGAGAACACUCAGACUUUACAGCCCAUCCGAGGUUUGCUGACCCCUCAGCUGGCCACUUCAGUCACAGCCUCGUGCCUGAAUUUUGUCAUCAUCAUGAUCCUGAAUUUCUUGUAUGAGAGAAUAGCCAUCUGGAUUACUGAUAUGGAGAUUCCCAGAACUCAUAUGGAGUAUGAGAACAGGCUCACUAUGAAAAUGUUUCUGUUCCAGUUUGUCAACUACUAUUCAUCUUGCUUCUACGUGGCCUUCUUCAAAGGGAAGUUUGUUGGUUACCCUGGUGCCUACACAUACAUGUUUAAUCGUUGGCGAAAUGAAGAGUGUGAUCCUGCAGGCUGUUUGAUAGAACUGACGACCCAGCUGACCAUAGUCAUGGCUGGCAAGCAGAUCUGGGGCAAUAUCCAGGAGGCCAUUGUACCCUGGAUUUGUAACUGGUGGGGUCGCCGGAAAGCCAGAAAUAAUCCAGAGAAUUUAUACAGUCGCUGGGAGCAAGACCAUGAUCUGCAGACAUUUGGAGCCUUAGGCUUGUUCUAUGAAUACCUAGAAAUGGUCAUUCAGUUUGGAUUCAUUACCCUCUUUGUGGCAUCCUUUCCCUUGGCUCCCCUUCUUGCUCUGAUGAAUAAUAUCCUGGAGAUUCGAGUAGACUCCUGGAAAUUAACCACUCAGUACAGGAGACCUGUGGCUGCAAAAGCACAUAGCAUAGGAGUUUGGCAAGAAAUCCUGAACGCAAUGGCCAUCUUGUCUGUUGUCACUAACGCUUUUAUUGUUGCAUUCACGUCAGAUAUGAUUCCUCGUUUAGUUUAUUACUAUGCUUAUUCGGAAAGUGAAGACUCACCCAUGUCUGGAUACAUAAACAAUAGUUUGUCAGUGUUUCUGAUCUCAGAUUUUCCUGACAGAAACAAGCCCAAAAUAAAUCCUGAAAACUUUUCUGUAUGCAGAUACAGAGACUAUCGAUAUCCUCCAGAUCAUGAGAGGAGAUAUUUGCACUCUAUGCAGUUCUGGCACAUUCUUGCUGCAAAACUGGCCUUUAUCAUUAUUAUGGAGCAUGUUGUGUUCAUCGUCAAGUUCUUUGUAGCAUGGAUGAUUCCUGAUGUCCCUUCAGAUGUGAAAGCCAAAAUAAAACGUGAAAAAUACUUGACACAGAAAAUCCUACAUGAGUAUGAACUUGAAAAGCUGAAGGAGAGGCUGUGUCAAGGUGAUAAAGGAGCCACGGAGAAGGAGUUCAUCGCCACAGAAGGGAGAAUGGAGUUAUCCAGAGCAAUGUAGUUGGAAAAACAACUGUUUGGAAUUUAGCUCAUUUCAGCUUUUUAUCUGUGGUUUGCUCAGUAUGCAGCAUCUUGAAAGCUAUAGGACAGUUUCAACCCUUUGCUUUCAGUCCAAAGAUUUGAGACUUCGAAAGGAAAGUCUUACUGAGCAUUCUGUGUUUAGUAAAUCUACUUAACUGUAUGACUUCAGCACUGUUUUCUAUCUACCCAUCACUUUAAAUAAUACGUGUAAUCUUGCAAUCCUAGAAUUUGGAUUCCCACUAUAGGGAAUGUUACCCUUGAAGGGCUCACAGGAUAUGAUAAGGUCAUUACCACCAAGCUCCCCCCCUGUUGCUAAAUGCAAUGUUCCAGGCUGUAUCCCAAUUGAAUCAAAAGGAUGUCAUAGAGGAGUCCUAUUGUGGAAAAUGCUGAGAAUUAUUAUUAUUUUUAGGACAUGAUAGGAGAACACUCCUGAUAAAAGGGUUAGGGUUGGGGCUUUUUUUGUAUCCACUAUGUCUUAUGAAACAUUUGUUUCAGCUUUGAACUUCUAUACACCUUUUAGAAGGAAUUGAUUUUUAAAGAUGUAUUGGCUGAAUUCCACUUGGAAUUAUUUAUAGGCACAGAAUUCAGUUAAUCCAUAUUAAUGAAGGAAAAAAACCCAGAAUUUAUUUUCAUAAGGAUAUCAUCUGCAAAAGAGUUUGCUCUUUAAAUGCAAAUAGUGUAGAACCAUCUAAUUACAGUGGUUUUUGAAAAGAUGUGUAUGAUUUGGAGAAAUACAGCUUAUUUAUUCCUCAGUCUCUAAAACUGCCAUUGGAGGAUAGUGCUGGACGUUAGUUUUGGCCAAAGCUGCUCCUUUGUUUGGAGUCUUUGUUUGGGUUCUCUGUGAAUGCCAGCAAAGGGCUAAAGGUGUGUUUCUGUACUUGAUGCAUACCAUGGGGUAUGGCUGCUCAGCACAGGGGUUUGGGAGCUGGACUGUCACACUGAGUGUUCUAGCUGGUUUGCACCUGCUUUGUAUUCAAAAGAUGUUAAUAAGCAUGCCAUAUAAUCUAUGUUUACAUUGUUGUUGUCUGUAUACAUAGGAGCCUGGGUUUUGGUUUUGUUGGGUUUUUUUACAAUUAAGAAGGAAUUUUUUUCCUGUUUUGUCAUGGGGCUUUUCUACAAAGUUACAUUUAUAAAUAUAUAAUAAUUACUUGUGCAAAGUGGCUACUAGCUGCUGAUGAAUGUGCCCUCAUUUUAUAAUUUGAAGCAGUUAGGCAUUGUUAUGGUUUUGCUGUAUAUUUAAACAUAUCAACACUUCCAUGCUUAGUGCCUUGUUUAUUUGCAUUUGGCAAAAGAUGUGAAAAUGAUUACUAUGGGGAAAUGCCCAUUUCCCCAGUGUGCUUGCAGGCGUGAUCCUAUGAACCUGCACACAGAGCUGUACAGUGUUAGCCAAACCAUGCCUGCCUUGGCACACCUCUGUCUUAGUGCUAUACCAACUGUUCCCAGGGAGCAGUUCAUACCUAGACUGUUUAAAGUAGCACCAAACUGUUGAGUUCUCUCACGCUGAAGUACACUAGUUAGAGAGAUUAGGAAUUUUACUAUAUUUGCACUUUGAAAGCUAUACUUCCUUGCAAGUAUACACAAAAAAAUAGAGAUUUGUAUUCCAUAUCAGCCAACCAAUGUACUGUUUACUAGAGCCAUAACUUAAGGUUUGCAUAUUUUGUUUUAGCAAACCAAGCCUCCAUCUUGGAAUACUUGGCUAGUAACCUAAAUGGUGUAAGAGUUUUAAAUCAAUGCCUUGUGUAGAAUCAUUGUUAUCAGCAGAAGUUUUAAUGUUGAAGUGCCUACCUCGAAUAAACAUCCCAUGGUUUGGCUGCCAGUCAAGGAGGUGAAGCAGAUGUACAUUUCUUGUGACUCUUAAGUUAAUUCAGCUUCAUUCUGUAAGUUUGUUUGGUAAAUCAAGCAUGUUGGCACAUCAUGUUUGUGAUGAACUGACCAUGUUCUUGAAUAUUCAGCUAUAUUUGAAGUAAAGGAUUUAUUGGAGAAAUGCAUGUAUAAAUAAAUUAGCUCUGCUGCUUAAUGUAUAAGCCAAAGAAGAUUUAUCAAUCACCAGAAUGAUUUAUGUGGCACCAGAAUUCACACCAUGCAAGCACUUUACUGCUUCUUAGAUGGAUAUUGUUAACUAAACUGCUGGAUUUAGCUGUCACAUCUUGUUACUGGUAGCAACCCAAACAGUGGCUUCUAAGGGUCAGGUGAAGAGAUGCAAACCCAUAUUUCUAUGCAAAGCAUGCAGUCUGAUUGAAGCUGAAAACAAUGGGGAAAUUCAGCAUUAGAUGCACUAUUCCUGCUUUGAAACAUUCAUGUCUUCGGGUCCUUUAAGUGUCCUCAUAUACUACCACUUGAAAAGGUGUCAGCAAAAUAGAUGUAUUGUGAGUGAAUAAUGCCAUUUAAAAGCAAGAUGGAGGAAAAGAAGGAAAUACCUUAGUCUGGGAUACAGCAUUAAUAAGUAGAAGCCCUGUAUGCAGACCCUGAAUUGGAACUGGUGUUUCGACCCCUACUUCUUGCUUCUUCCAAACUUAUUUCUUGAGACCACUUCCUAUUUACUGCUAUACAAACAUGUUUUGCAUAGAUUGCAUCAUAAACUAGAAAGUGGAAAAAAUAUGGGAUAAUUUUAUUUAAAAAGAAAUAUAUAUCUUAAAACUGUAUCAUUACACUUCAUAGCAUUUCUUCAUAUAUAGAAACUGUUGAAAAGAGAAUGCGUUGUCAUAGUAAGAGCUAAUGUCACAUAAUAAUCUAACAACUCUUUACAUAAUAGUUUUUAUUUUCUUGUCAUUAAGCAGUAUUUUGACAAAAGAUUAUUAGAAUGAUUAGAAUUAUAAUGGUUCACCUACACACAUGCACAUACACAUUUCCUAAAGUGUUCUUUAAAAGUGACAAAAAGAAGAAAAAUGGACUGGUCCGUUUGGGAAUAUGCUUAUUCUUACUGUUGGAAUACUUGAUUUUGAUGUGUUUAAUACAAGUAUUUAGAAGUGUCCUUUAACCAAAGUGAAGGUAGUUCUGUGUUGGAACUACUGUAAUAUAAGCAACAGUGGAUUGCUUCAUUAGAAUUAGUUAGAAAAUUGGCCUUUCAAGUGUAAUGCAAUCAGGGAUUAUUUUUUUUUCCAAUUAAAAUUUAGUCUUUUUACCUUGGAAAGAUUUUAUGUGGUAUGUUCUAAGCAAAUGACUGCAAAGAGUGCUACUUUAAGACACUAUACUGUUUUUUUUCUAGUAGUUGUUGUUAUUAUGCUUUUAAUGUAAUAUUGUCAGCUUGAAACAACAGAAGGGAGUGAAAAUAGAUGGACUAUCCUACUGUUCUAUGUGUACUGCCUGUUAUGACUUGUACUGUCAUAUAAUCUGAGUGGCAUUUUUGUCUGCUAAGUGUGUUGCUGUUAUGUAUGAUACACUAAUGUUGGAAUAAUUUUUUAAGCAUUGCAUUCAGCUAACUUACGUAUGGACAUUGAAUAAGAUCUACAUCUGGCAAAUAAAGCAGCGUUUAUUUUUAA